UGCGUCAUAGAGAAAUAACAAGGUGUUAUUUCUCUAUGUGUUGCGUGUUGGGGAAAGAAAGCUCGCGUGCCCCUGUGCCCCAUAAAAUUAAGUGUCAUCAAAUGGAAGUAAAACAAGAAUUUAGUGAAGAGACCUGUAAGGUAGAAAUAGUGGAUAAUGAGCUGGAUGAUGCUCUUUUGGAUGGCUUUAAAUGUGAAAUUAAAGAAGAAAACAAUAGCCAAAGUACACAUGGCAAAUAUGUUUGUUUAGACUUAAAAGAACGUCAUAUAAACACUGAACUAGAAGAACAUGGGAAUAAUCUUAACUCAUUUAAAGAAAAUAAAACUAAAAAGGGAUAUCUCCAAGAGGAAAACAAAAUGGAAAUUAUGGAGACACUAAUUGGACAUUCAUCUCACGAAGAAAAUGACAUGAAUCCACAUGCUGAAGGAAAAACUGUAAAUCAAAAUAUGAAAGUUGCUACUGGACGACGAUCUUACAAAUGUGAACUUUGUUUUAAGCAGUUUACUAAAGCAAAUCAUUUGAAAGUACAUUUGAGAAGGCAUACUGGAUAUAAACCAUACAAGUGUGAAAUUUGUUUUAAGCAGUUUACUACAGCAGAGGAGUUGAAAAUACAUUUGAGAGUGCACACUGGGGAGAAACCUUACAAAUGUGAGAUUUGUUUUAAGCAAUUUAGUCAAGCAGGCGAUUUGAAAUUACAUUUGAGAGUGCAUACUGGAGAAAAACCGGCCAAGUGUGAAAUUUGUUUUAAGCAAUUUACUUCAGCAAAAUAUUUGAAAAUACAUUUUUUGAGAGUGCACACUGGAGAUAAACCGUACAAGUGUGAAAUUUGUUUAAAACAGUUUACUGCAGAAAGUCAUUUGAAAAUACACUUAAAAGUGCAUUCUGGAGAAAAACCAUGGAAGUGUGCUAUUUGUUUUAAGCAGUUUACUGAUAAAAGUCAUUUAAAAACACAUUUGAGAGUACACACUGGAGAGAAACCACACAAGUGUGAAAUUUGUUUUCAACAGUUUAGUACAGCAAGUAUUUUAAAAGCACAUUUGAAAGUGCACACUGGGGAGAAAUCUUAUAAGUGUGAGAUUUGUUUUAAGCAAUUUAUUCGAGCAGGUGGUUUGAAAUCACAUUUGAGAGUGCACUCUAGCGAAAAACCGUACAAGUGUGAAAUUUGUUUUAAGCUGUUUUCUGAUAAAAGUCCUUUAAAAGAACAUUUGAGGGUGCAUACUGGAGAAAAACCGUACAAAUGUGAAAUUUGUUUUAAACAGGUUAGCACAGCAAGUAAUUUGAAAAUACAUUUGAGAAUGCACACUGGCGAAAAACCGUACAAGUGCGAGAUUUGUUUUAAACAGUUUAGCCAAGCUGGUUCUUUGAAGACACAUAUGAGAAUGCACACUGGGGAAAAACCUUACAAGUGUGAAAUUUGUUUUAAAUCGUUUAGUGAAGCAAGUACUUUAAAAGUACAUUUGAGAGUGCACACGGGUGAAAAACCGUACAAGUGUGAAAUUUGUUUUAAGCAGUUUAGUCAAGCAAGUGACUUGAAAAUACAUUUGAGAAUGCACACUGGGGAGAAAUCUUACAAGUGUGAAAUUUGUUUUAAGCAGUUUAGUCAAGCAGGUACUUUAAAAGUACAUUUGAGAGUGCACACGGGCGAAAAACCGUACAAGUGUGAAAUUUGUUUUAAACAGUUUAGUCGAGCAUUUGACUUGAAAAUACAUUUGAGAGUGCACACUGGGGAGAAAUCUUAUAAGUGCAACAUUUGUUUUAAGCAGUUUACUACAGCAGGUUCUUUGAAAACACAUUUGAGAAGAGCGCACACUGGAUAGAGUUCAUAGAAGUGUUAUAUGGACCAUUCACUCUUGUUAGAGUAUAGGUCGCUCAAAUACUAUGAGCUCUUUUAUUCCAUUUCACGCGGUGGAUUAGUCCGCAUUUUCCUUUAGGUCGUCAUUCAUAGGUUGUGAUGUUUUUUUGCCUUCUCUACUAUCUUCUUCCACUCUCUCCGGUCCUGAAUCUUUUCUCUCCAGUUUGCAAUUUCCAUCUUUGAUAUAUCAUGGUCUUUGGUCUUCCUCUUGGUCUAUUUUUUACUGGUUUCCAGUUCAUUAUCUUCCUGAUCAGUUCUUCUACCCCUCUUCUUUGUGUGUGUCCAAACCAUCUGAGCCUUUGUGGUUUAAUGAAUUUUACUAUAUCUUUUCCUUCAUAUAAAAUUUAUUAUUUCAUGGUUCAUCAGCUUUCUCUAUUCCCCUGUUGCUGUUUUUACUGGGCCAUGUAUUCUUCUCAUAACUUUUCUCUCAAUUAUUCUUAACUUUUCUUCGUCUUUUUUCGUAAGGCACAUUACUUCUGCUCCAUAGGCUAUCACUGGUCUAAUUGCUGCUGUAUAUAUUUUUAAUUUUGUUUUUUGUUCAGGUUUUUGUCCUUGAGUAGUCGGUGAUAUUUCCAAUAUACUCUAUUACUUUAAUUCUUUCGUUUAUCUCUGUACUCCUUCCGUUUUUGCCGUCCACCAUCACCCCCAGGUAUUUGAAGCAAUCUACUCUCUGCAAUGUAUUUUCACCUAUUUAUAUUUCUGUUAUUCUGUUUACAUUGUCUCUUGUGCUUAUAAGGUAUUUUGUUUUAUUCUGAUUGAUUAUUAAUCCUCUCGUCUUUACUUCUCUUACCAGGGUUAAAAAUGCCUCUUCUAGUCUUUUUUUAUCUCGUGCUGCCAGUCCCAGGUCAUCUGACUAUCCUAUGAUCUGUGUUGAGCUUUGAAUAAUUGUCUUUUUCAGCCCUGUGUCUUUCUGUCUCCUUGUCUUACCCCAAGUUCUAUUUUGAUGUCGUUUGUAUCUCCCUCAUUUGUUUUAACUUUUGCUGUUGAGUCUUUCAUUGUCAUUCUAGUUAGUCUUAUUAAUUUUGCCGGUAUCUCCAUUUUUUUCAUUUCCUUUAAUAAUUGUUGUCUAUAUAUGCUGUCGAAGGCAUGUUGGAAGUCGAUGAAUAGUAUGCGUAAUUCUGUGUCAUGUUCAUAGCUUUUUCAAUUGUUUGUGUUAGUAAGUGUAUUACAUCUAUUGUUGAUCUUCCUUUUCUAAAGCCCUGUUGGUAUGGUCCUAUAAUUUUUUCUGUGUAGUGAUUUAGUCGGUUUCUUAUAAUUGUGGUAAAUAUCUUAUACGUUGUAUUUAGUAGCAUAAUUGCUCUGUAGUUGCAGCCCUUAGUUGGAUCCAGGGCCGCCGCUACCAUGUGUGCAAAGUGUGCAUCGCACACAGGCGGCCAACAAUAGGGGCGGCGAAAAGCAGGCCACUGAUGACACUACUUUUUUUAAACGCAAAUAAGUUCAAAUAAUUAAAUAGUAAUGUUUCAGAUAAUUCUUAUUCUAAAGUCUAAUAUUCCAAACAAUAAUUAUUAUUAUUAUUAUUAUCUGAUAAUACUAAAAUGCGUUUCAUUUAACAUUUAUAGUGCUUUUUUUUCGUGAAUCUAAAUAUUUUUCUAUUAUAUUAGAUUGUAGCCCAGAUAUAACGCACGUAGAACAAAUAACAAUAAAUUAUUGUAGUAAGAUGUGUUUCAACUUCAACACCAGUUCGGAUAUUUGAAUAUUUCUUGGGCUUUUCUCCUUAAACUGACGUAACUGGACAAGGUCUCUGAAUUUAUAGAGAGAACAAACUUGAAGAAUUAAAUAUAAAUAUUAUGCAUAAUAUGCGUGGACAGGGUUACGAUAAUGGAGCCAAUAUGCGUGGUAGACACACUGGAUUGCAGAAAAUCCUCGAGAGAAAUAUCCUCGAUCAUUUUUUAUUCCCUGUUCUGCACGUUUAAAUCUGGUGGUGAAUGAUGCAGUAAAAAUAAGUUUUGAGUGGGUGGAAUUUUGUAAUACUGAAGGUACAGGAACUAUAUGUAUUUUUUUCUUCUUCGAAUAUUUGAAGGAACAUUUGAUUAAAGCACCUUCCAAAGUGGACAUUAAAAGCAUUGUUGGACAUGCGAUGGGAGAGUCUGAUCGAUGUAAUCGCACCAUUAAAAAUCCAGAUAAAUAAAAUAUAUGAUGCUUUAGAAGAAUUGCAAAAUGAUAACAAAAGGGAUAUGAAUUUGGAAAUUCAAUGGAUAAACAUAUUCAAAUGUGAGAAAGUGUAUAAAGCCCUUGCAGACAUAAACAGCUCAGAGACUGACAUUAGUGCAACUGAUUUAUAUGAAGAAAUUAAAGCUAUUCAACCAAAUAUGUUACCGCAGAAAAACGUCCUGGUAAUAUUCUUGAAUACAUUUACGAAAUCAUAUUAUAUGUAUCAACAUUUCCAAACUUAAAUAUAAUCCUACGUAUAUUCCUAACUCUACCCUUUACUGUAGCUAAGGGUGAGCGGUCGUUUUCAAAACUUAAAAUUAUUAAAAAUUAUUUGCGAUUUUCUGCUUUAGCAAUGUUAUAUAUCGAACAUGAAGUGUGUGCGACAUUGGAUAUUAAAAAAAAAGACAUUGCCAAAAUUUUUCCCGAAACGGAAGCCAGAAAAGUUUGUUUUUAGUUUUUUAUGUUUAUGUUAUAUUAUUCACGGUUCAUUUUAAUUAAAUGGAAGUUUAGAUAUACAGAUAAUGGGCGUUGGGUCAUGGACAUUACUCCAAUUGUUCAAAUGUUUAUCUAUUUACAAAUUAUUAUUGUUAUGCAUCUUCUGCACAUUUCUUUAAAUACUAGUAUGUACAUAUUUCUAAAGUGUUGGAAGGGGGCGGCAAAUAUUAAGUUGCACACGGGCGGCCAACACGUCAGCGGCGGCCCUGGUUGGAUCUCCUUUCUUAAAGAUUGGUGCGAUGUGCCCGUUUUUCCAUUCUAUGGGCAUGCUUUUGUCCUUCCAAAUUGUAACCAUUAACUUGUGCAUUCGCUUCGUGGGCUCCUCUGCUCCGUUGAUGAUCAGUUCGUUGUUGAUUUCAUCUAGCCCUGGCGUUUUGUUUACUUUUAGUUGUUUUAAUACCUCCAUGAAUUCCUGAUAAGUAGGUGCGUCUUCCUCUUGAUCUCUGUUAUCUUGUAUAUCCUCAUCCUCUAAUAUGCCUUGUUGUUGUUUUUGUAUAGGUCCGCGAAAUGUUUUUCCCCAAUCUUUUUUUUUUUUUAUUUUUGUGACAGUUUGUUUGGUACUGUAUUGUUGUUUUAUGUAUUCGAACAAUUUCUAGUUGUCUUUAUUAUUCGUUUCUAAUUCUUGCAUUUGUUCAGAGAUCCAUGGGUUCUUUUUUCUUCUAUAGAGUUUCAACGCUUCUUGUUUUUCUUUUCUAUAUUGGUCCAGUUGUUCCUGUUCGGCACUCUAGCCAUUUUUUUCUUGCGAGGUGCUUCAGUUGACUUUUUUUGGUGACAUUCCUCAUCAAGCCAUCCUUUCGAUUCUUUGUUUUUUUGGAAUCCUAUUUGUUCUGCUGUCUCUAUUAUGCUGUUCUUUAUGUUUUUUCAUUCAGCUUCUAUUUCUAUGUUCUCAUACCUACCCAGUUUCUGUUCCAUUCUUCCUGGUAUGAUCCAUGUUAUUUUGUGUUCUUUUUUAUCUUGAUGUCUAGUACUAACUAUAUAUGUGUUUGUUGCUGCUGCUAGGUUGCAGAUUUUUCCUCCAUUAUCAUUCGUAGUUUCAUGAAUGGUUUCUUUGCCCGCUACAUUACGAUUAUAGUCAUCCUUUCCGACCUUUGCAUUGAAAUCACCCAAUAUUAUUAAUAUGUCAUUCCUCGGAAUAUUUUCACAGGUUUCUUCCAGGGUGUCGUAGAAUCCUAUUUCUUCCUCCAUUGCUUGUUGCCACUUGCUAGAGUCCUCACACUUUAUUGCACUUUCAUAACUUAUGGGUUCAAGUAUGUCACAGUAGUUUGAUACACAAUAAUAAUCAGGCUUAGACAGUGUAUUUCUAUUACGUAGCUGUCUAUCAUUAAUAUUAUGAUCAUUAGCAUCAUAGAACAGAUUACAAUCAAAAUCCUCAUUAUCAUGAUCCGUUGCUUGAGACCUACUACCUUGCGACAUGUCUAAACUCUCUUCAUUGUCACUUUCUUGAAUAUCAUACAUAUCAUCAUAGUCUCUUUCUUCAUUAUCAUCUAGGAGUUCAAAUUUUAAUCGAAAGUUUUCCUUCUUAUUUUUAAUUGUUUCAUUUUUUUUGACAACGGCACCCGAUUUGGGCGUCGAAACGUUAAUAAAAAUCAUUUUUUAAUAAUAUUGUGGCUUAUUUCCCAUUCUAAAUAGUUAAAAUUGUAAAAAUGCCACAAGAAAAUAGCUUCAGAACAACUUUAAUUGUUUCGUCUUCAUCAAAAUUUACAUUGCAGCUCACUUCAAUUCUUCUCUUCUCACAAUCCCAAAGUCUAUAAUUUAAUGAAUAUCCAUCAUAUCAACAUAUAAGCUGUACUGCCAAAAACUCUGAUGUGCUUUAGAUCUGGUUUUCGCCCAAACCACUUUUCAUAUGGAGUCAUGUUUUGUACUUAACUUGAAGCCGUUCGAUUAAGAACAUAUACAGCAGUAUUUACAGCUUGGGACGCUUUAUUGAGAGUGGAUAAACUUACCCUACAAAAAGCCAUCGAAUUUUGUAGAACUAGUGAGCAAAGUAAAAACCAAAAUUUGAAAUUUCAUACCGAAAGAAAAGAUGUAGACAUAGAAGUUUGUAAAGAUAAGUUCCAGGUAGAGUUGCACAAGUUUGACUUGAAUAUUUGAACUUGACUUGAGUUUGACUUAAUUUCAAGUCAAACUCAAGUCAAUCCUUCUGACAAAUAAUUCAAGUCAAGUCAAACUGGUCAAUCGUACAUGUUUGAUUAUUCAAACUGUUUGUCAAACUAGUUUGAAAGAGUUUGAACACAGUAGAUAUACUUUUUUGUCGAGAUUGACAUGUUAGUUUCCAAUUAAGAUAAGAAAAUACAAUGAGUGCCACAUAAAAGUAACUUAAUACAGGAAGCGAUUAUAAUCAAAAUAGGGUCGUAAAUUUAAAUUUCUUGAAAAUUAUUCCUGUAUGCUUAGAACUGCUUGCUGGCAAGUUCCGUUUUAUCGAUAUAACUUUAGCAUAGGUGAAAAACUGAAAAGUAAUUGGUAUUUGCUUAGUAAAAAUUUUUUGUAACGGCAUGCGUUUUCACGGUACAGGGCGUUGAAGAACAAAAAAUUUUACACAUUUUUUACGAUUUUGCCGAAAUUACUGGCAACAUCGUAUAUUAUUCGUUAUACAAAAAUUUUUACUAAGCAAAUUCAAUUAUUAUUUUCCAGUUUUUCACCUAUGCUAGAGACGGUGUUACCUUUUUCUGAAACACCUUUCUGAUUCAAACUUUCUGCAUUCAAACUCUUUAUGAUGACAGAAUCGAACAUCGUGAAGCCAGUGGGGCCGUAUGAAAACCCAUGUUACCGGAAAGUCAAGAACUUUGCCUUCAACACUUUAAAUAAGUAGUACAACCUGGACCUAUAUUCACUAAACCUUCUCGGGCGCUCGGUAGAGCGCAUACAACCGAGUUGAGUGACGCAUGGCCCCUCUCAACAAACGUCUGUCAGACGUCAUCCUGCCGUAUGAACAGUUUGGUUCUCAUCUCGACCAAAAAGGAAAUACAAUUAUUGAUGAAAAUUUGGAAAAACUGAAUUUUCAGCACGCCGGGGAGACACUUGCCAAAUAGAGUUGCACAAGUUUGACUUGAAUGUUUGAAUUUGAAAUAUUAAACGGGGGUCUUACAACUUGUAAUAUGAAGAAAUUAAUCUACACGGAUAGUUUGACUUUCUGUCUGAAUAAAGCACUUAUUACUCCAAGUUCUCGUUAAGGGAAAGACGCAAAAUGUCGCCUGUCAAAAUUUUCAAUGUGUUUUAAAUUAAAACUUUUAAAUGUAGAUAUUCAUUUUUUUCGAAUCCUGAGAAAACUAAUAAGUACUCUUGAAAAAUUUAAACGCAGAAUGAAAGAUUGCGUUAUUACCGAAGGGCGAAAGUCCCUUAGAAUAAAUAAAAAGUUUCUUUUGAAUGAAAUAUUUGCAAUUAAAAAUAACAGUAAAUUUUCCCUGUUAUGUUCACCCCUGUAACUUAUUAAAAUAAACAUUAUAGAAGUUUUCAGGGAUGUUCGUCCCUCAGAAAUAAUGUAAUCUUUCAUUCUGCGUUUAAAUUUUUCAAAAAUACUUAUUACUUUUUACAGGAUUCGAAAAAAAUUAAUACAUUUAAAACACAUUGAACAUUUUGACAGGCAACAUGUUACGCCAAUGUUCGUAAGGGUUACAAUUUAUAAUAAAAAAAGACUAUUGGGCUUUUCAAUAAACAGCUCAAAAUAAAAUGAUUUAGAAUUUUUAUGACUUUCUUUUAUUAAAAAAGGCAUUUAUUUAUCUUAAGAGCCUAUUACAUCUUCCUAAAUUUAGUGUCCGAUAUUUAGAACGUUCUGAAUUCAGGAUAGUGUAAUCGCAUUUAGUCAGUUAGCAUCCUAAUUAGGAAGGUUUUUCGACUUCCUAAGUGGCUAAAUCGUAGAGAUGGAACACAAUAGUAUUUUUCGGUAAUAUUUUUUUUGUUAUUGGCAUACACAUUAGUGAUUCAGCCAGUUACCAAGUUAAUGUUUUAGCCCUAUGCAUCACAUUCAAACGAUCAACCUAGUUGGUAGGUACCAAUAAUUUUGUAUUUUUAAUCUAGAGCAGAGGUUCUCAACCAGUUGUACGCGUACUACUGGUGGUACGUGGGACGAUUUCAGAUGGUACGCGUCGCGUGGGUGAAACAAGCUGUUACGCUGGGCCUCUGUCUGCGGAUGUGGCAGAAUACAGUAUUCCUCGAAAUAUCUCAAAUACCAGAUGUAGCGGUUGACAUAAUUCAUAAUUCUUCACUUGGAAUCUCUUCAAGAAAGUUUUAAUAAAUAUGUCUCUGAAGAUUAUUCCAAACUUGACUGGAUCAGAAAUCCUUUUGCAGGAAUCUCACCAAAUGAGUUGUAAUUGCAGGAAACAUUCAUCGAUCUAAUAGAAAAUAGUUCUGUGAAACACAGCUUUAAAGAGAAAUCCUUAGUUGACUUCUGGAUUGAGUUAAAAUCCGAUUAUCCAAUGCUCUUCUGACAAGCUAUGCUGUUUUUGAUGCCAUUUGUCACUAAUUGCUCGUGUAAGACUGGUUUUAAGUACUGGACUAUGGUAUAUAUAUUAAAAUUAGACACCACAAUUGUGUCUAUAAAACAAGCCAAUGGACAUGUUUCUGAUAGUAAACAUGUUUCUAAAAACAAUAUGAUCGGGGGGCAUUCUUCCAUUCCAUGACCCCCUACCCCCAAAUGUUUGGUGGUACGCCAAAAUCUUCAAAAUAUUUCAGGUGGUACGCAGUUACUAAAAGGUUGGGAACCCGUGAUCUAGAGAAUGACAUGUAUUUAAUUUGGUUUUUAAAUAUAUUUAUAUUUCUUA